GGCCACUUCUCCAAACAAGAGAUGAUAGCAGUUUCUGCAGUUGCUUUACAGGAUCACAUAAUACAGAGUCAUCAGCUCCAGGAUCUUUCAUUAGCAGAUCCUUUUAAGUCAAGGACAAGGAAUACCAAGAACAUUUACAAACCCGUGAACAAAGUAAUAUUCAGAGAAGUAGUAGAUACUGGACUAAGAAAAAAGAGCUCUCACCGCAAAAACAAGGAAGAUGCAGAAAAGGAGUAUGUUCUUGAUCCCAGUCCUCCACAGCUAACGUUAGCUCAGAAAUCAGGCCUAGCUGAGCCUCCUUCCUUGCCACUAGCUGCUGAAGGUUGGGUAAAAGUAAAGCAAAGAUCUAUAUAGCAUGAAGACUCCAUACAGCCUUGUGCAGUAUGCAGGGAUAAUUUUUCCUUUGAAAAACAAGUGCUGCUGAUAUGUUCCCAUGUAUCCCAUAUAGCAUGGCUGAAAGCCUUUGAAAAAUUUACAGGUAAAAAGUCUUGUCCUAUGUGUAGAAAAGAGCAGUAUCAGACCAGAGUCAUACAUGAUGGGGCACGCUUGUUUAAAAUAAAGUGCACUAUUAAAAUUCAAGCUUCCUGGAAGGGAUACAUUGUUAGUAAAUGGUAUAAAAACCUGAGAAAAACAGUGGCUCCUAAGGAUGGCAAAUUAAGAAAGCAAUUCUUGGAGAAAAAGGUUCAACAGAUCAGCAAUCGACUGUUGAGUUCUUCGGACAUCAAUCUAAAUGAAUUUUUUCCUGAGAUAGAUUCUUCUAUAGCUGCAAGUCGAGAUGUGUUUCUACAGUUGGAAGGAAAAGAAAUAUUAUUAAUAAGUGAAACUGACUGGGAGAAGAUCCAGAUGCAGGCAUUUUGACAAGAGAUAUUUGACUGUCCUAUCUGUAUCAUGCCCCUCAGUCCUAACGUUCAUCCUGCCUUUUCUGGUUAGAGCAAUCAUUUUUCACAACAGGCUGUUCUGCUUUCUUGUUCACAUUUGUUUCAUCAUAUCUGUCUUCAAGCAUUUGAAGACUUUUCCUUGGGAGAGCGACAUAUUUGUCCUUUAUGUUGCUGAUAUUAUCAAGAGAACAUCCUCAAGUGUUGA